AUGGGAGUCUCAUUGAAAAGAUACAAUUCUCUCUACUCGCUUGCGAUAUUUGUCAAUCCAGUGGUUUUUCCCAGAAACGAAAACUUGUAUCUCAUUUGGAAUUUCAAGCUGCCAAAAGAUAAUGUGAUAUUUUGUGCCAAAGGAAGAAGCCGCGUCAUUCCCAUUAUACUCCCUUGUCUUACUUACCGUCACUUCAAAUCAUGGAAUCAAGUCGCUGACCUGUUCCUCAGUACCAAUAACAAAGGAAAAGGCAAACGAAAGCACAACACAGAUUGGACAGGAUGCGCUACAUCACUUUUCGCCAUCGCUUUUGGAGAGUCAAUCAAAACUGCUAUCGACCAUGACUCUGUGACAGGUGUCCUUACAAUCCAUAUCGUUGGCGUUCAUGCAUGUUUUUAUCUUUUACAAUUGAAGGCCGAUGGACUUUAUAUAAUGACUGAAAUUGGGACUGUGACAAUGCCAUUAUCAAUUGGUGAUCUCCGUGGAUAUCUAUCUUACAUGUCUGAUCUGAAAACUAUUCUGAAGUUAUUUGAAGAACAGUGUCUACCAAUAUAUGAGACAUCCAGGAAACGUCCAGGAGACAAAAUCAAGGUUACUCUCAAGGAUUCGAUCCAGUGCCAUAUACAAAACGUACAGACUCAAAAGUAUCUACAAUCAGCUGCAGCUGGUCAACCAUUAAUGUUAGGAAACACUGCAACAACGUGGACAAUUAACCCUGCACCUGGGUCAAGUCCAAUUAAUAGUACAAUUGCAGAUUCAGCAUCGGGUGUUUAUGCUACUGUAUAUGAAGCAGCACCAGGUGCAAUGAUAAUUGCUGGUACGCAAGAGUAUCUGUUCCUUUUCGACGACAAUGGUAUACAUCCACCAAACGAUCCAGACCUAUGUUGGAGUUCUGGGCAGAGCGAUGAUAUCGUCUUGGAGCCUUGUGACAACAGUGAUGCAGAACGCUUUACUUACAUACCUGUUGUUACAAGACAAUGA